AGAUCGUUGUACGUUCUCGCUCCCGACGACGACAACGACGACGUGGGUUGCAGCGGCGAGGCAUUGGAGAAGGUUCUGGAAACCGCAUUAUCAGGCGAGCCUUCGUGUAUCUUCGGCACCGGACUGCUGCGUCGUCUGGGGAUUCCCAGCAACAGAGAGUCUUUAUUAGAUUUAGAGGUGUGCAUCUAAGGGAGUACCUCAAAUAUCUUAAGAAUGUCAAUGAAGUUUUAAAAGACACAAGGAGUCAUUGCUUCGAUAACAACAUAGAGUUAGCUUUUGAAACGGUUGAAAUGGCAGGCCAUGUCAUUACCACACGUGUUAAAAGUCAAUCAAGCCGCCUUCCCAGGAAGCGGUUCUAUCGGGCACGAGCACAUAGCAAUCCUCUUAGUGACUCACACUUCCCAAUACCCAUAAGUCCCGCUGAGUUUGAUUACUCACAUCACUAUCCUCACUUCUUCCCAUCAAGCAGAGAACAUCACAAAAAUGAGAAUGCACCUUUUCCCAGAGUAAAAUUCGCUGAUGUCGGUUGUGGUUUUGGUGGAUUGCUUGUUGGCUUAUCACCUCUCUUUCCAGAUACUCUAAUGCUAGGGAUGGAACUUAGGGACAAGGUAUCUGAAUAUGUGAAAGAGCGGAUCUUGGCAUUGAGAGCUUCAACAAAUCCUGGACAAUACGAGAAUAUUUCUGUAGUUCGAACCAAUUCCAUGAAAUACCUACCCAAUUAUUUUGAGAAAGCACAACUGUCAAAGAUGUUCUUUCUAUUUCCAGACCCCCAUUUUAAGGAGAAGAAUCAUCGACGAAGAGUGAUCAGCCUUCAACUUCUUGAUGAAUAUGCUUAUGCGCUCGAAGUAGGAGGUAUCAUAUACACAAUUACUGAUGUCGAGGAACUUGGAGAUUGGAUGAGGUCUUGUUUGGAUGAUCACCCUCUAUUCGAACAAGUUCCUGAGGAGGAACUUGAAACGGACCCGGUUGUUAAGUUGCUGACUUCUGCAACUGAAGAAGGUCAGAAGGUUGCUAGAAAUGGAGGUCAAACUUUCCGAGCUGUAUACAGGCGCAUAAAAAUCAAUGAGUAACAGUUCGAUUCUUUUAAUUAUUAGUUUGAAAACGAACAUUUGUAAGAGCCCUCUGUUUUAAUUCUGAUAGUGCAUCAUACGCAAUUUUGGAUGACGCUGUACUAGAACUAAUCAAUAAGAAUGCUUUGUUUGUGACAA